AUGCUGCAACUCCGAAAUCGCCUCCUCCCUCUGCUCCGCGCCGCCUCCACGCGACACUCCCCAAUCCACCCCCGCGCGUCGCGCCUCCUCUCCACCUCCACCACCCUCCCCACGCCCUUCUCCCUCGAGGACUACCUCGUCGCUGCCUGCGACCUCGCCCCAGCCCAAGCCCGCGAGGUGUCCAAGAAGUUGUCCCGCGAGUUAUUAUCCAUUGUAUCCAGGAGACCAUUGGAUGAGCUCUCCUACUCCCGUCUCAACUCUGCCUCCAACCCUGAUGCUAUCCUCGCCUUGCUCUCCGGCGCCGGCCUCUCCCGCGCUGACAUCGCUGCCGUCGUCUCCGCGGACCCGCUGCUCCUCCGUGCUUCCGUGAAGAACAUCGCCCCCCACCUUCUUGCUCUCCGCGACCGCGUCGGUCUGUCCGUUCCCCAGAUCACUCGCUUCCUCAUGGUCAGCUCACGCGCUCUUCGCAAGGGUGACGUCUGUUCCAGGCUCGAGUUCUUCAUCUCCUUCUAUGGCUCGUUGGAACAGGUCCUGGUGGCCGCAAAGAGGAACAGGGCCCUCCUCACGGCGAGCCUGGAGAGGUUAAUAAAGCCUAACGUAGCUUUGCUUCGUCAGUGGGGUGUUCGAGAUAUUACCAAGCUGACUUCAAUCAGCCCGUGGUUGCUUGCGUUCAGCCUGGAACACGUGAAGGAGGUUCUGCUACGGGCGGAAGAACUUAGGGUGCCACCCACUUCGCGGAUGUUCAGGCAUGUGGUGGCGGUCCUCGCUAGGAAUUCCAAAGAGGAGGUCGCUGCCAAGCUUGAGUUCUUUAAGAGGACUCUUGGUUGUUCUGAGUUAGAGCUUUCCACUGCAGUGUCCAAGAAGCCAGCUAUAUUAGGAUUAUCUGACGAGAUUCUUCUUUGCAAGAUUGAGUUCCUUUGUCAAUGA